GUCCGUACAUCAUCCUUUUCCUCUUGUUUAGCGUUGUGGAGCGUUUCCAGGUGUGUGUGUGUGUGUUGACCUCCCACUCCUCGCUUCUCUCUUCUCCGCAUGAGCACACCGGCUGCGGACGACGCGGCUUCGUGCGCCAAGGCCACGGCGGCGCUGUGGUCGAAGCUGGAGGAGGUGCUGAAGCUGCUGGCCCAUCAGCCAGAUGCGAAGGAGCUCUUCAAUCGGUACACCGUCAUCCGAUACGUCGUCGGCGAGGUGAAGCCCGUUUACUCCGAUGCCCUGCGCAUCCGCCUGAAGGUGUUCUGCGAUGAGCAGGGACUCGCCACGCGCACCGAGGCAGACGACUUCGAGGCCAUCUCGGUGCACGUCGUGACUUACUUCAACUAUACGCUUUUUGCCACAGAAAUGGAGGAGUUGGCGGUGCAGGCCCGGCUGCGGAAGAGCGUGGGGAUGGAGAAGACCGGGCUGCGGUUUCAGCGCCGGCAACGCAACCCCGCGGCCACCGGUGCCGGUGCGAGUGGCGCCGCAGAGAGCAAGCGGCCGCCGACGAGCCCCGUGGCGCAGCCUGCAAAGGGGCGCUACAGGCCUCCGGUGCUGAUCCCGGUAGGGUGCAUGCGGCUGCGCCGUGCCGCUAAGGCACCCCGGGCGGGGAAGCUGCUGGAGGUGGUCGCGCGGAUGGAGCGCCUCUGCGUGGUGAAGAGCGUACGCAACUUUGAUAUUGGCCGAGUGCUGAUGACCGCGGCGGAGAACAUCGCCCGCGAUGUCUGCCACGUUCGUUGGGCUCUGCUGUACGCCCCGCUGGCGGCGCGCGACUUCUACCUCAAGGUGGGCUACGUGGCGAAGGACGGGUGGGUGUUCUUCAAGGCCGAGGAGGCGCAUAUCGUGAUGAUUAAGUGCUUAGCAGACGCGAGUCUGUAA